UGUUUUCCACAGUGUGAAUAAACACCUUCUUGGCAGCGACCAAAAAGGUUUUAGUUUGAAAAGAAAGUAUCUUUCCUUGUAAAAGGUCGGCCACCAUUCUGAGGGCAGGAUCGAGGGGAAGGAGCUAUGAGUCCACCCAACGCCUAACUAUGGAAGGCCCUCUGUUCAUCUCCCAGGGUUCCAUACAAGGGAACAUCUUGCAUCCCACGGCAAGACCGGCCACAAGACACGGAGCCCGAGAUACGUGGAAGAGAAGGGCUCUGCGAUCUACUCAAGAUGAGCGUUUCUCGUACCGAUCCGCAAACAGGCACCCGACCAGAGGCAGGCCCAAUGACAGCCACCUUAGAGGUAUCCGCCGGCUCAUAGCGAUUUGGCUUCACAGAUGUAGCUACGAGUUCAACCGACGGAUAACGCCGGAAACGGAAAGCGCUGAGCGGGCUGGCGAUUGGACACAGUGCCGGAAGUUGAAGCCUGGAGCCGGAAUCGGUGUUUGGUGGCGCUCGGGAUGGCUGAAGCGGUGGCUGUUGCGGUCGAAUCCCUCGCGGGCGUUAAGGCCCGGGCCGCGCGCACAGUUUUAGGUCAGGUGGUGCUCCCGGGUGAGGAGCUGCUGCUGCCGGAGCAGGAGGACGCAGAAGGUCCUGGCGGUGCUGGGGAAAGACCGCUGCGCCUAAAUCCCGGAGUGCGUUCGCGGGUGCGAGUAGUGUGCGGCCCGGGCUUACGGCGCUGUGGGGACCGUCUGCUGGUCACCAAGUGCGGUCGUCUACGUCACAAGGAGCCCGGCGGCGGCGGCGGCGGCGUUUACUGGGUGGACUCGCAGCAGAAGCGGUAUGUCCCAGUGAAAGGAGACCAUGUGAUUGGCAUAGUGAUAGCUAAAUCUGGAGAUAUAUUCAAAGUUGAUGUUGGAGGGAGUGAGCCAGCUUCUUUGUCUUACUUGGCAUUUGAAGGUGCAACUAAAAGAAACAGACCAAACGUGCAGGUUGGAGACCUCAUCUAUGGCCAAUUUGUGGUUGCUAAUAAAGAUAUGGAACCAGAGAUGGUCUGUAUUGACAGCUGUGGACGAGCCAAUGGAAUGGGUGUGAUUGGACAGGACGGUCUGCUUUUUAAAGUGACACUGGGCUUAAUUAGAAAGCUUCUAGCUCCAGACUGUGAAAUCAUACAGGAAGUGGGAAAACUCUAUCCACUGGAGAUAGUAUUUGGAAUGAAUGGAAGAAUAUGGGUUAAGGCAAAAACAAUUCAGCAGACUUUAAUUUUGGCAAACAUUUUGGAAGCUUGUGAACAUAUGACAACAGAUCAAAGAAAACAAAUCUUCUCUAGAUUGGCAGAAAGAUGAUAGAUGCGGAUUUUAUAUGAGUCAAUUGCGCCAAGAGACUGUGGAUUUCCUGGGGAAAACUUUUUCAGGGAACCUCUCCCCACCAUACCUUCAGAAGGCAACAUGAUUGUAUAUAUUGUCUCAUUAGAAUUCUAAAAUAUUUUUUAUAAAAAUGUUACUGGUUGUCACACGUUGUUGUCAGUGAGAAAAUCAUUAUAAAAUAAUGAUGCUUUUUUUUCCUUUACAAUAAAUUUAUUAAAAA